CUAUACCUUCUAAACCAACUCCUCUCUUCUGCUUGAUUCAUCAUCCCAAAGCUCUCCACGCUCAUCAUUUCCCUCAAAACUAGUUAUUAAUCCUCUUUGACAAAACCAUGGGCAACAUUUUCUCCGUCGAAAUCUCCGUUAACCACGCUAUCUCUAGUUGCUGGAAUCGCACUACUGAACAUGCAAAUUACCUGUGCAAACUCCCAGAAAAUCUGGUAGCUCUGGGAACUGCUUGUAAAAGAUUGGGGGAGUUCAGGAACGAUGUGAUGAGGAGGGUGGAUAUCGCUGAGAGGGAACAAAUGCAGCGGCUCGACCAAGUUCAAGGGUGGCUUUCAAGGGUCGAAAAUCUGGAAACUCAAGUCAGUCGACUCAUUGAAGAUGGCACGGAGGAGAUUGAGAAGAAAUGUCUCGGUGGUUGUUGUCCUAGGCGUUGCAGCACCAGAUACAAGUUGGGGAAGAGAGUGGCUAGAAAGUUGAAAGAAGUGGACAAUCUAAUGAGCCAAGGAUCUUUUGAUCUGGUGGCUGAGAGGUUACCUUCACCUCGCGUAGGUGAAAGGCCAAGUGAAGCAACUGUCGGCAUGGAUUCGAGGCUUGACAAGGUUCGGAGCAGCAUGGACGAAGAACGAGUGGGAAUUAUCGGCCUAUAUGGGUUAGGAGGUGUUGGAAAAACCACCCUCUUAACCCAAAUCAAUAAUGCUUUUACUAAAAGAACCCAUGAUUUUGAUUUUGUGAUCUGGUCAACAGUUUCCAAAAAUGUAAACCUUGGAAAAAUUCAGGAUGACAUUUGGAAGAAGAUAGGGUGUUGUGAUGAUAGAUGGAAAAGCAAAGAUCGAGAUGAGAAAGCUACGAGCAUCUGGAACGUCCUGACCGGAAAGAGGUUUGUGCUGUUGCUAGAUGAUGUUUGGGAGCGGCUGACUUUAUUAGACGUCGGGGUUCCACUCCAAAAUAAGAAAAAUAAGAUAGUAUUCACCACUCGAUCUGAAGAGGUGUGCGCUCAAAUGGAAGCUGAUAAGAGGAUCAAAGUGGAUUGCCUAACAAGGACCGAAUCCUGGGAUUUGUUUCGAAAGAAUCUUGGAGAAGACGCUCUCAAAUUCCAUCCUGAAAUACCCAAGCUAGCUCAGGUCGUUGCACAAGAGUGUUGCGGUUUGCCACUUGUGCUAACUACCAUGGGUAAGGCCAUGGCUUGUAAGAAGACGCCGCAGGAAUGGAAACAUGCAAUUAGAGUGUUCCAAAGCUCUGCCUCAAAAUUGCCAGGUAUUGGGGACAGAGUGUUUCCUCUUUUAAAAUACAGUUAUGAUUCCUUACCCACGGAAGUUGCCAGAUCUUGCUUCUUGUAUUGUUCUCUAUAUCCGGAAGAUGAUGAGAUGUCAAAAUCAAGUUUGAUAAACCGUUGGAUUUGUGAAGGCUUUUUAGAUGAAUUUGAUGACUGGGAGGGAGCAGAAAACCAGGGUUACAACAUUAUUGGCACUCUGAUUCAUGCAUGUCUAUUAGAAGAAGGUGAUGUUGAUUAUCAAGUAAAACUGCAUGAUGUAAUACGUGAUAUGGCAUUGUGGAUAGCUCGUGAAACUGGGAAGGAGCAGGACAAGUUCUUGGUGAAGGCCGGCAGUACGUUAACUGAAGCUCCUGAAGUUGCUGAAUGGAUGGGGCCAAAAAGGAUUUCACUUAUGAAUAACCAAAUCGAGAAACUAACAGGGUCUCCCAUUUGCCCCAAUCUCUCAACUUUGUUUCUUCGGGAAAAUAGUUUGAAGAUGAUCACUGAUAGUUUCUUCCAGUUUAUGCCAAAUCUAAGAGUUUUAGACUUGUCAGAUAAUAGCAUAACUGAAUUACCACAGGGAAUCUCUAAUUUGGUUUCACUACGAUAUCUCGACCUAUCACUCACUGAAAUAAAAGAGUUGCCAAUUGAGUUGAAGAACCUGGGUAACUUGAAAUGUUUGCUGUUGAGUGACAUGCCUCAACUUUCUUCAAUUCCAGAGCAGUUGAUAUCAAGUCUUUUGAUGUUGCAAGUGAUUGAUAUGUCCAACUGUGGAAUUUGUGAUGGUGAUGAAGCCUUGGUUGAGGAAUUGGAGUCCUUAAAGUACUUGCAUGAUUUAGGUGUCACUAUAACAAGUACCUCUGCUUUCAAAAGGCUUCUAAGCUCUGACAAGCUAAGAAGCUGCAUUUCCAGUGUAUGCCUCAGGAAUUUCAACGGUUCAAGCUCUCUCAAUUUAACAUCUCUCUGCAAUGUAAAGAAUCUCUGUGAGUUGUCUAUCUCAAACUGUGGCUCGUUGGAAAAUUUGGUGAUUGAUUGGGCUUGGGAAGGAAAGAAAACAACAGAAUCUAAUUACCUUAACUCAAAGGUCAGUUCCCACAACAGUUUCCACAGCCUUGAGGUGGUGGUCAUCGAAAGCUGUUCGAGGUUGAAGGACCUCACAUGGGUUGCUUUUGCUCCAAACCUUAAAGCGCUUACAAUAAUUGAUUGUGAUCAAAUGCAAGAAGUAAUAGGUACCGGUAAAUGUGGUGAAUCUGCAGAGAAUGGAGAAAACCUGAGUCCAUUUGUCAAACUCCAAGUACUUGAGUUAGAUGAUCUACCACAAUUGAAGAGCAUAUUUUGGAAAGCCCUGCCAUUUAUCUACUUAAAUACAAUCUAUGUAGAUAGUUGUCCACUUCUAAAGAAGCUGCCACUCAACGCCAACAGUGCCAAGGGACAUCGAAUUGUCAUUUCCGGACAAACCGAGUGGUGGAAUAAAGUAGAGUGGGAGGAUGAGGCAACUCACAACGCUUUUCUUCCAUGUUUCGUACCUAUUGAAGAAUAAGGGGCUGCAGCAAUCUCAGAGAGGCUACGAUGCGAUUCUCGUUGCAGAAUAUAACUUCAUAUGUCAGAAAUGCUUCCACGAUCUUCACUCAAUAAGAAUCCAUUGUUGUCCAAGGUUGAAGGAUAUGAAUGGCUUAUUUUCAUGCCAACUUUUUAGUAUGUUGAUGAAAUUAUAGACUGUCAAAAUAGAACAUAUAAUUACUUAUCUAUGUGAGGUAAACUGUUGGUUUAUGUAUGUUGUUUCAUAGUGUUUGUGUGAAUAUGUUGUUUCUCUUCGAAUUGCAAUAUUACAUUUUUUGUAUUCUAGGGAUUGUGAGUGCAUUUUAUGAUUUAUGUAAAAAAUUUGAGUUGGAUGGCUUUCUUUAA